AUGGCAUAUUAUUAUUAUUAUCUAGUACAGGCGGAUCCUUAUCAACAACCAGUCACAGUGGGUGAUUAUUCUGAUCGAGAUGAAUUCGUCGAUCAAGAACAUCAUCGUUAUGCACAAUCUCAAACAAAAUAUAAAACUGAAUUAAUUCCAGAUACAAUGAAUCAAACAUUAAAUCCAUCACAAAAUAAACCAAUGGAAUCUGUUCGACAAUUAACUAAUCAACCAUCGAAAAUUAUGAUUGCUAUCUAUGAUUAUGAUCCUCAUGUAUUAAGUCCUAAUCCAGAUAUUGAUGCUGAAUUAUCAUUUCGAUCAGGUGAACAAAUCACUGUCUAUGGUAGUAUGGAUGAUGAUGGAUUUUAUUAUGGUACAACAAAAGAUGGUCGUUUUGGUCUUGUGCCUUCAAAUUUUUUACAAUCAUGUACAAAUGAUGCUGCUUAUUAUUUAAAUGAACAGAAAAAUCCGCCAAUUUUCGCCUCAACUCCAUUAUCACCUACUAAUCAACAAUCAUCACGUGAUUAUGAAUUGCACACACUGUCAACCAAUCCAGCGAUGACACAUCAUCAACAUAAUAGAAAUCAGUUGUACUCAAAUGAUUUGAACAGUAAUAAUAACAACAGUAUUAAUAACAAUCCAGCAUUACGUGUACAAACUCGGCCGAAUCAUCCAGGUCAAUUUCAAAAUAUCAAUAAUUAUAAUAGAAGCAUGAAAUCGGAAACAAGUAGAAAAAGUAAUUUAAGCAAAGAUUACGAAACAACUUAUACUAAUAAUCCACAUGAUACUGAUGUUGGUAUUGUUGGCGGUGGUGAUCAUUUUAUGCCCUCAUCAACUUCAUCAUCAACUGGUCCACCAACUGGUUCUCAACGAAGACGUUCCACAACAAUACGAAGUUUAUUUAAACGUGAAUAAAUAUAAUUGCCAAAAACCAAAAUAUCACGCUGAUCAAUGAUGCUAAGUGAGAAGAUCGGUAUAAAACAAAAAUAUGUCAGCCUCCAUUUAUAAAUAAUUUUUUUUACACAUACACUCCUCUUCACUGUGAUUGGCCUUCCAUGUAAGUGUGUGUGGUGUGUGUCUGUGUGUCUCUCCAACCGCAGCCGGACAUGUGUGUACACAAAAAACUUGGAAUUUCGCAAACAAUUUAAAAACGACACACACCAUCAUCA